AUGAGUGGGGCCUUCCAAUUGAGUGCCUCAUUAGCAGGACAUAGUCAAGAUGUUCGCGCUGUAGCAUCAGGAGGAGCAGGCAUGAUAUGUUCAGCAUCCCGAGACGCGUCAGUCAUUACAUGGACACGUACGGACGGUGCUUCCAAGUGGGAUUCGGUCAAUGUCAUCAGAAGUCACGACAUCAAGUUCGUGAAUGCCGUUGCGAUCUUGCCACCUUCUGCUUCUCACCCUCAAGGAUUGGUCAUUUCAGGUGGACAGGACAAGAUAAUACACGCUGCUGAUCCUCUCAUUCCUGGAGAUCAGCCUGCGUACAUGCUCAUAGGACACACUGAGAAUGUGUGUGCUUUGACUGUAGCUGCCAAUGGUGACAUCAUAUCUGGAUCGUGGGACAAAACUGCCAAAAUAUGGAGGGACUGGAAUUGCCUCCACACUCUGGAAGGCCAUGAAGCAUCUGUAUGGGCUGUAUUAUCUGCAGGGCAAGAUACUGUCUUGACUGGCUCUGCUGACAAGACAAUAAAGUUAUGGCGUAAUGGUCGCAAUGUCCAAACGUAUAACGGACAUACAGAUGCAGUUAGAAGUCUAGGAUGGAUCUCCCAAACUGGUCAAUUUAUAUCUGCUGCCAAUGACGCAACCGUCAGGAUAUGGAAUAUGGAUGGCCAGUGUGUGCAAGAGCUAUACGGCCAUACUGCUUUUGUAUACUCUGUGGCGGUCUUGCCAACCGGAGAGAUAGUCUCUAGUGGUGAAGAUCGAACCGUACGAGUCUGGAAGGGAGGAGACCUUGUGCAGACUAUCACACACCCGUGCACGUCUGUUUGGAGUGUUGCUGCUCUGCCAGAUGGCGAUAUUGUUACUGGAGGUAGUGACGCACUCGUACGUGUAUUCUCGAGAAGGUCUGAAGCGUUGGCGGAUGCUGAAACCAUUAAGGACUUUAAUGAGGCUGUUGCCAAUCAGGCCAUACCUUCAAAUCAAGUUGGUGAUGUCAAUAAGGACAAGUUGCCUGGGGUAGAGGCUCUCAGUAAAUCAGGCAAGAAGGAUGGAGAUGUCAUAAUGAUUCGAAACGGAAAUGUGGUUGAAGCACAUCAAUGGGAACAAACCUCAAGUCAAUGGACGAAAGUAGGAGAAGUAGUAGACGCUAUAGGAUCAGAACGUAAAAAGAUAUUUAAUGGUCGGGAAUACGAUUUCGUAUUCGAUGUUGAUAUUGGAGAGGGUAUGCCACCCUUGAAGCUACCAUACAAUGCUUCUGAAAAUCCAUAUUUCGCUGCACAACAAUUCUUGGAAACGAACGAAUUAUCGCCAAACUUCUUGGAUCAAAUUGCUCAAUUUAUUAUACAGAAUGCCAAAGGAGUCGAAAUUGGAACUGAUUCUGGACCUUCGGAUCCCUACACAGGUGGUGGGAGAUACGUUCCAGGCCAAAACUCGCAGGCUGCCCCAACAACAUCAUCCUCAAUAAAUUCGUCAAAAGGAAAGGCUGCUGUAGCCACUUCGUCGUUAAAGGAAUAUGCAAGUUUCAAGGCCGCAAAUAUUUCAGCUAUUCGUUCCAAGAUACAGCAAUUCAACAAUGAAUUGUCAGCCACUCCUGCUCUCCAACUGGACACUUCAUCGUUGACCAUUCUGGCUCGUGUUUGCACCUUACUGGAGAGUGCGGGAGCAACCAACAGCACUGUAGCAUUCACUGUUGAGGAUAUGGGAGUUGUGGAAAAAAUGGCCUUUGAAUGGCCACUUAACAAACGAUUUCCAGCUGUCGACCUUUUACGACUGUGCCUUGCAUAUUCGGCACAACCAAUCCUGACACAUGGGGCUACCUUUAUUCAAAAACUUCUCUCUCUGUGUCCUCCAGGACCUCAAUUGUCUAAAGAAGAAGAAACGAAUCUGAUGCUAGCACUACGGGCUUUGGCCAACAUAUAUUUACACCCUGCUGGACGAAAGGUUAUUGCAAGUACACGACAACAGAUAUUUGGAGCCAUCAAAGAGUCUUGGCGUGGAAGUGUAAACAAGAAUUUGAGGUUGGCGUUUGCUACUGUUUUGCUCAAUGCUAGUAUACAUGCUGCAGAAUUACCGGAUGAGUCUUUGGCUAUUGAUAUGGUGGCACUGAUUCUCGAAUUCUUGAUUGCUGACAAUGAUUCAGAAUCAACAUUACGUGGACUUGCAGCUCUUGGAACUCUGGCAUAUAACAGUAGUGAAGGAAAGAGUGCAGCUAAAGCAUUGGAAGCAUCCUCUCAAAUUACUUCAUUGGCACCAAGAUCUGCUGGGGCCGAUGAAUUGAAGUUUAGAGAAAUUGCUAAUGCUGUUAGGAGUAUCAUUGCAUCAUGA